CCAAGAAAUUCUGAGAUUAGUUUAAUCAGUGGAAUACACAGUAGCUUGGUCUAAAGAGUAACGAAGCUGAUUUUAAGAGGCUUGAGUAUUCUGAAUUCUGUUGACGUUUGUAUUUGGCAAGAUGUCUCUAUCAAUUAAGGAUGAUGAGAUUGAUAUUGUUAUAGGAGCACUACGUCCUGACCUGACAUCUUUCAUGAGUGAGUGGAGGCCUAUAUUCUCUCGAUUUCAUCUCAUAAUUGUUAAAGACCCUGAUUUGAAAGAGGAGCUCAAAAUUCCAGAGGGCUUUAACCUUGAUGUCUAUAAGAAGCCUGACAUAGAUUGUCUUGUGGGUACUUCUACUUCAACCAUUUUCUCUGGCUAUUCAUGCCGGUAUUUUGGCUAUCUGGUUUCUCGGAAGAAGUACAUUAUCUCCGUGGAUGAUGACUGUUACCCGGCCAAGGACAAUAAAGGCAUUUUGGUGGAUGCUGUUGCCCAGCAUAUUACUAACCUUACAACCCCGGCCACACCAUUCUUUUUUAACACUCUGUAUGACCCUUUCACUGAAGGUGCAGAUUUUGUUCGUGGCUACCCAUUCAGUCUUCGGAGUGGGGUACAAUGUGCUUUGUCAUGUGGGCUAUGGCUUAAUUUAGCUGACUAUGAUGCACCUACUCAAGCCCUCAAGCCAGAAGAAAGGAAUUCCAGAUAUGUUGAUGCAGUUCUGACGGUUCCAGCUAGAACCCUGAUGCCUAUUAGCGGAAUCAACAUCGCUUUUAAUCGGGAGGUGAUUGGACCUGCCUUGCUUCCAUCUUUGAGGUUGGGUGGGGAAGGUAAGUUUAGGUGGGAAACAAUGGAAGACAUAUGGAGUGGGAUGUGUGUUAAGGUUGCAUGCGAUCACCUGGGACUUGGUGUGAAAAGUGGGAUGCCAUAUGUCUGGAGAAAUGAUAGAGGUGAUGCUAUAGCAAGCUUGAGAAAAGAAUGGGAGGGUGUGAAGCUGAUGGAGGAAGUCGUACCUUUCUUUCAGUCGGUGAGGUUGCCACGGGAAGCUACAACAACAGAGGACUGUGUAGCUGAGGUGGCAAAUGUUGUUAAAGAGCAGCUAGGAUCGAAAGAUCCCAUUUUUGCUCGUGCAGCUAAAGCCAUGGUGGAUUGGGUAAUGCUCUGGAAAUCAGUUGGAUCUAGCACAUCCUCACCAGGAGCAUAGGAUUAAGACAUGGUUAUAAUUUGUGCGUUUUUCCCUUUUGGUUUGCUAGAAUUAUUUCUAUCAUUCACUCUUCCAUGAUGGUGAUAUUACGUGGAAUAUCUGUUUGUAAUUGAGCUGCAACCUGAAUUGGUUUGCUUGCUAGUGAUAUUACGUGGUAAAACCGAACUUGAAGACUUUAGGCAACAUUUUAAGACAAUCUCUAAUGCUGGGUUUUGAGUUUUGUAAUUCAAAUUAUUAAGAUUUACGUUUCGCACGCUUUUACACUCAAUUAGCCGCUAAAUAGAUUGUGUAUGCGAAAAAUAAAAGAUUAUGACGUAUAA